CUCUACUAACUGAGGGCAUAAGCCCAAAUUUCACCUCCAUAAAAAAUUAUCUGGUUCAAUAUAUGUAACAUAGAAUGGUUGGGUUGUGGACCAAAUGCUAGUAUGCAUUAAUCAUCUCUAGUCUAGGAUAAUUUGCUGGUAAGGCCAAGUUGAAAUUCUCAAAAUUUUGAAAUAAUAGAUCUUUCAAUUAUAUCGACAUAAAUCACGUCUAGGAUCAUUUCGGCCCGAGGGCUUCCUGCUCUCCCAUGAGAGUUUCCUCCGCAGCCUAAUGGGAGCCGCUGUUAGGCUCUCCCAAAUGCUGUUUUCCGUCUUCUUCCUGCUGCCUUACCUCCCCUCCCCUGUAAAUUCUAGCCUCCAACUUUCCUUCUACUUUCCGAUCGAUUCUGUUUAAAGUUUUCCAUUUCACAGUAAAACCCAAAAACAUUUCCUGCAUCUUUUCUUCCCCAAUCGUCAGCCCAAAACUAUCAAACCAAUUUUCCAGCUCUAGAUCUUAUUUCAUGGCGAUGCCAAGCUGUUCCUCUGAAUUUAACAUCUCAAAAUACCAAUUUAUGGAUAUCAGAUCUAUCUUUUCUCUGCAAUUGGUUCAAGAGUACUCAGAAAAGAGGAUCAUAUUUCACUAAAGCUUGUUACACUUUGGAAAGGGCUUUUGAAAUUCAUUACGGCUUGGGUGGAUAGCAGUGUUUUUCAGGUGAAAUCUCCUCUUGAAACCCUCCUCUGAUUGUUUGGCUGUUGGGUAUUAGGGUUUAGAAUUAAUUUCCAGUCUUGAGGAUAUGUUUGUCUUGGAUAUAUUGUUAAUUAUCUCAAUCACUUGGACCCAUUUGAUAGUUUUUGGGCAUUUUUAUUGGAUUAUAUUAGUCCUCAGUCUGGUGCAAAUUUAGCUUCUUAUGUGAGUUUCACUUAGUUAAAAGGGAACUUAAUGAGUCUUGGGUUUGAUCAUGAAGCUAGCUGCUAUAUUGAAGAGAUUGGCUCUUUGGUGCUGGUUGUGAUUGGGUUUUAUUUCAUAUUGAGCUUUCUAUCAGUAAAUAUGCAAAAGAUGUUAGACAUGAUGGGUCUAGGCGUUGUUGAUGGUCCUCGAUGUUUGGGUGUGGAAGCUGAUUAUGGUCUUGAAUGUUGGUAUUCCACUAGUAUGUGGACUGGUAAAGGAAUACAAAGCAAUCAGGAUAAGUAUCAAUUAAACUUCCUAUACUUGU